AACAAAUAAACACUGGGCCAAUUCUAUUGUUACGUGUAACAGUAAUUCCCAUUGCAUCUGUUGGUGAAAACGUUUCACCUGUACAGUUAAUUAACGGUGCGAACAUCAUCAUGCCACAUUAUUGCACACCUGAGAGCGCGUGCAACGAACUACCCCACCCCAUACAUCGACGUCACUUCCCGCAAAUUGUCGGCCAUUUUCAAUGUUCAGUGUCAGGUAUAACGAAGUGAAUUUUCACCCGGUUUGAUUACCUGUGAACAGGUGUAUUUAUUUGGACAUAAUCUGGAUUACGAUAAAUUGGUGACGAUAAACUUUCAAAAUGCCUCUUAAAAAUAUACUAAACCGACAGAAGAAGAACAAAAGUAAAGAAAAUCUAUCCGAGAAUCAGAACAGUCCGACGAGAGAAACACCCCGCCCCGAAGCCCCGACGACGACACCUGAAGCCAAUGGCGGAAAUACCGUAAAAUCAGAUCACCCUCAACAACCUCCCAGACCAAAGUUAGUGUUUCAUUGUCAACAGGCACAAGGCAGUCCCACGGGUAUUAUAUCUGGCUUCACAAACGUCAAAGAAUUGUAUGUAAAAAUAGCCGAAUGUUACGAGAUACCAUCCUCAGAAAUUCUAUUUUGUACAUUAAAUACACACAAAUGUGACAUGACAAGAUUACUAGGAGGACAAAUUGGAUUAGAGGAUUUUAUUUUCGCACAUGUUAAAGGUCAACCAAAGGAAGUAGAAGUAGUGAAAUCCGAAGAUGCGCUAGGACUUACAAUUACAGAUAACGGAAAUGGAUAUGCUUUCAUUAAACGGAUUAAGGAGGGAAGUAUAAUGGAUAAAGUUCCGAUAGUUUAUGUUGGGGAUCAUAUCGAGAAGUUAAACGGUCAAACCGUGGUAGGUCUAAGACAUUACGAAGUAGCUAAAAUGUUAAAGGAAAUACCAAAAGGAACAACGUUUACAUUACGAGUUGUGGAACCUCUUAAAUCUGGUUUCUCAUUUGUUGGUCAAUCAACUGGUAAGAAAUCGUCAAGUGUAUCAAAUAAAGUUGGAAGUGGAAAACAGACACUGCGGUUGCGAUCUACUGGACCAGCUACAGUUGAACAGGACGAUGAUGCAGCAAAUAUAGCAACUGAUAAAAUCAAUAAUUUAUUAGAAUCCUACAUGGGAAUAAAUGAUACAGAACUAGCACAAAGUAUCUGGGAAAUUGGUGAUAAAUGUGACAACCCUCACGAUUUUGCUUGUGCCGUUGAUGAAUCUGAUAUGAAAGAUUUCGGUUUCACAGAUACAUUCAUCUUUGAUUUAUGGGGAGCUAUCACAGAUGCUAAGAGUGGACGUCUCAAGAAAACGCAAGAAUUUAACGAACAGUUUUAGAAUAAUUUAAUUAAUUGUAGAAUAUCUAUAUAUGGACUUAUUUUAUGUAAUAUAUGGCCUCCAAAUUUGUGUCGUGAAAUUUGAUUUGAUUAUUAAAUAAUAUGAAUAUAAUGCGUUAAUGCUCAACAAAGGGCCAAUAAUUUCCAAAUAUGAUUUCAUUUUCUGCAUUUUCCUUCUCUUUUUUUUGUAAUAUUAAUAUUGUUAAAGUUGAAUAUUAUUAUGCGAUUAUACUAAAGUCACAUGCUAAGACCAGUUGUCGAUUUUGUUCUCAUCAACAUCUGAAUAUUUGAUAAUGGUGGCCAUGUUGUAAUUAGUAAUUAUAAUUAUUUAUAAUUGUAUCAUUAUUUUAGUAAUUUUUAUGGUUUGUGUGUCAAAUAAUUUUUGUCUUUGUUUUGUUUUGUGUGUUUUUCAUAACUGAGGUAAUUUUUUUUUUUCUCUAAUAAGAAAGUCUUUUUUUUUAAAUACUUUUUUUUAAUUUAUACACAUUUUGUAAUUACUUCAACUGAAAUUGGAAUUCAACAAUUUCGUUUUUAUAUAUAUUUCAUUAAGUGUAGCAUUUCAUAAAGUAGACAUUAAAUAUGUGAUAUUUACAUAUAUAAAAAACACAUUAGUUUGUCAUUGACAAUUCACAAUUUAGUUUCUUUACAUGAUAAUUCUUGAACUUUAAAGGAACUAAAUCGCUAAUAUUUGGGACCAAGAAAUAAUAAUGUAAUCUGAUUGUAUAUAAACUGAUUUACAUUCAAUUGUUUCCGUUUUGACUCUAAUUUCAAAUCAAUUAUGUCCAGCAAAAUAUGGCAUGAGUCUCGGCCAAAUGCCCAUUUCUAGCGUCUGGUUAUUCCAGUCUAUUGCACAUGCUCUCUAGAUAAGAUAUGGUGUCACCGUUUGACUUGAGUUGUUGAAUAUGUCUAGCCUCGUUCUUUCUGGUGACUUGUUACAAAUGACGCGGAAACGCAUUAUGGUACACGAUUCGUGUACCAAUGGUAAAAUGUUUAUUUUGUCUUAAAUAUUGGAUAUCAGAAGCCUACCUUUUCCCGGUAAGAUUACAACACCAAUGUUGAUUUGAAUUGACAAAUAAUUUGUGUUUUCAACGUGUAAGACUGGAUGAUAUUGAGUUAGAGACUUAGCUACUUUAAGAUUGUUGUUGAUUUGAUAAUUCAAGAAAAGUUCCUUUAUAAAGUUUAAAAGUUUGAUUUGUCUUUGACAGGCCAGGUUGGUUUUCUCCAACUUGAAUUACCUAUUUAAUAACUUUGUUGUUGUUUCAUCAUUAAAAAAAAUGUUGCUUUAUUGUAGUUGUUGAAACAUGUUUUACUGCAGUUGUUUUCCAGAAGUUGUUAAAAAAUGUUAAGCAGUUGUUUAAAAUAUAUAAUGAUUUAAGUUGUUUAAAAUUCUGAUUUAUUACAUUUAUUAAAACCUAGAUGUAUUGCAGUUGUUAAAAUUUUAGCCGUACUGCAGGUAUUUAUAAAAUGUUUGAUUUCUGUUAUUAAGGUAUCUGUUGUAUGCUCUCUAUAUAUUGACGAAAGAUCAGUGAUUCUGUGAUUAUAUAUUUAAAAUAUUUUUUUUUUACCAUUAGACAAAUAUAUACAGAUAUCUGAUGGACGACAUAUCACUUUUACAAUUUGUGAUAAAAACAUUCCAAUGAAUGCUUAUUUAUCUGUUUUUAAGAUAUAUUCCUUUAAUUACAACUGGUAAAAUAUAAUUUGAUCUCUGAUCUAUGGUUGUAAAAUCAGGGUUUUAGACUGUAUAGGAAUAUAUCUUUAAUUUAAAUAAAUAAUAAUUAAUGAAAACCAUUCCAAUAUAUUCCACAGUUAUUAUAUACAAGUGUAUAUACUGUUAUUUGUUAAUAUAUUAUUAAUGUAGUAUAUAUUUUAACAUUGUCUCAUCUAAUGACUUGUUAGGAUAAUACAACAUAAAUCCUGACACCUUGACUGAAUUUGCUGAUUUUAUUGUACCUUGAAUACAACAAAAAAAUUUGAACUCAUGAAAUCCUCAAAAUUGUAUCAGUUUUUCUAGAGGGAUUAAGCAUGAGACCUUUUGCUAUUUAUUGCUAAAUAUACCAAUAAAAAAUAAUAAAACUAAGCUUGUUUUUGACCUGUUUAGUUGAUUAAAUGAAACAUUCACAACAAUCAUUACAAAUUGAAGUAUGUGAACAACUCUUUUGAUGUUCCAUUGUGCCCAGUACAUAUUCAAACUUACAUUGUUGAGUAUGGGACGUAUAUCCUGACACUGUAACAUAGUGAAAAUGGGUUAAUUAAUAUAUUUAUCUGCCAUGAUCUUCACAGAAAAUCAAAAUACAAGUCUGUCUGGUGUCCCAAUGAUAAAUUAUUACCAAAUAUGUAGAUUGUGUUCAGUAGAUUACAGAAUUUUACUCAUGUAUGCUAUUAUUUAUUAACCAUUCUAUUCUAUAGUCUAUUAAUAUGUAUUUAAGGAGAAACUUGUUAAUUUUUAAGGUUCCAUUGCUUAUAAUAUUCUUGCCCAUUUCUGUACUUAAUAUUUUGCUACUUAAAAAGUGUUUCACUGCAUUGUACUUUUCCGUACUGGUAUGUAUUUUGUCACAUUGUGAUGUACUUCACUGUACUGCAUUGUACUUCUUAAUACUUAUAUGUACUGUAUUUUAGCCUAUUGUUCUGUACUGUAUUGUAGGUCUUCAUACAGUACUUUAUUGUACUAAACUGCAUUGUACUUUGGUAUACUAUAUUGUACUAUCUACUGCACUGUGUGUGGUAUUGUACUUUGCUGUACAAUACUAAAAUGUACUUUACUUUGCUGUACUGUACCUGUCUUUGUUGCUCUUAGCUAUACUGUACUAAUAUAUGUUUGCGUAUUGUAAAUAUGUACUUCACUGUAUUGUACUAAUGCACUGUAGGGCUAUAUUAUGAAAUGUAUUGAAAGAUGGAGACAACACUAAAAAUGCUUCAAUGAGAAGGUUACACGUGUAAGGGAAAUAACUCCAGAAAACAUUCAUGUGCUUGAAAACAAAACAAACGUGUAAUGUUGUAAAACACCCGAACUGUAGUGAAAGUCAGUUCUCAAUAUAAGGGGGGUGGUUGGAUGGCCGAAUGAUUAGCAUGUGCGUGCUGUAUCAUAAAGCCUGUCAUUGAGUCAACUGGCAUGGUUUCGAAUCCCCGGUUGUACAUGACAAGGAGUAACGUCGCCUUUCUAACCACUGCUAAAGACCCCUCUGCGCUAGCGAAUUCUUGAAAUAAAAUUAAACCAUAUGUUAGUCCUGAAAUGACCUAGUUUGUGUUGAGUGGACGUUAAACCCCAUUUCUCUCUCUCUCUCAAUAUAGGGGGGGGGGGGUCAGCAUGGUACACAGCAGUGUUAUAGUGAAGUCCAGUAUAUAGGGGAUUUACCAACAUAGUGUUAUACUGAAGAUCCAGUGUAUAUCUAGCUGUCAUUCUUCAAUUAAACUAUUCAGUUUUAUUCUUUAGAAUAUUAUUACAUAUUUUUUUAACACUUAAAAGUGUUAUUAUUAUAUUUAAUUUUCAAGACAUACUACUGUAUAUUGUAUUGCAUGUGAGAAUCAACUGAUAAAAAUUGUGAUAAUUGAACCUUAUUUAUCAAUAAAACUAUUCUCAACUGUUUGUACAAUUGGUGGACAUAUAAUUCCAUUUUAGUUCUAAAAUUACCUGGUUUGUGUCAAAUUGAUGUUAAACCCAAUAUCCCUCACUCCCUUUGUAUCAUUCUAUUUACUUACUUUAUUUAUUUGGGUGCAAGUGGGUAAUAGGGACCUAAUCUCAAGUAUGGAUAUUUUAAUUUCCACACACUUCUUGGCUUAAAGUAGCCUGAUAGGAGAAAGCCAGUAUCAAUUUGUAGAAUUUUAUCAAGGGUCAGACCCAUUAUUAUUACGGUGAAUGUUACAUUUUAUAUUUUUCUUCAACAUUUUUUUUCUGAAAUACAAAAGUAGUUUUCUGCAAAUUUUUAUAAAUAUUUUUUUUUUUUAAAUUUUCAUUUUCCAUUCAAUAUCAACUAAAUGCAUUCAACAUUUUUCUCCCAAUUUUUGGGGGGUAUUUUGAUUUAAAAUCAAGGUCAAAAAAUGCUUCUUUUAAUUACCUCAACUAGAAAAGAGACAAUUAAGAGUAUGCUUAGUUUUAUAUUAGGUUGUGGCUUAGAUUUUCUAAAAAAUUUUAUAAGAUUUUUUUUACUGAUCUCAUUUUCAGUUCAAUAUGAUAGGAGAUAAAUUGUUGUAAUUGGAUUCAAUAUUGAGAUAUAACAAAGGCCUUAUAACACUAACAGUACCUUGCUGAUAGUUUUGAAUUCCAUCCGAAUGAAUAUUCAAAUUUUUUCGAUAAAUUUUGUAACGUUUUCAGAGAAAACAUUUUAUUGUGUAAAUGUUGUAUAUUAUAAAAGAGUUGUGUGGAUGUGAUAUUAUCAAUAUAUUAAACUAGACUGUAUUCUUGAUAGUAAAGAUCUAAGUAGUCCAAAUCGUUCGAUUCCUUCCCCAGCCUCCGAUAGCAAAACCAGGUUAAUAUUUAUUAACCAACUACCAAUGCGAUGGUUUCUAAAUUGAUCUAUUCCCCACUCCCACCUCACCUCUAGUUAAAAAAUUUGUAUCCACAUUUGAUAAAAUUAACUAUAACUAGUUAGUAAAAAAAUUUGUAUCCACAUUUGAUAAUAUUUAACUAUAACUAGCUGAGAUGGUAUCUAAAUUGAUCUAUUCAACACCCCCACCUCGCUCCCACCUCUAGUUAAAAAAUUUGUAUCCACAUUAAAUAACAUUAACUAUAACUAGUUAGUAAAAAAAAUUAUAUCCACAUUUGAUAAUAUUUAUAACUAGCUGAGAUGGUUUCUAAAUUGAUCUAUUCAACACCCCCACCUCGCUCCCACCUCUAGUUAAAAAAUUUGUAUCCACAUUUGAUAACAUCAACUAUAACUAGUAAAAAAAAAUGUAUCCACAUUUAAUAAUAUUUAACUAUAACUAGCUGAGUGUGCUAUGCUACUAUAUAAAUAAGCAUGUUUUGUGGCUAUCAAUGAUAAAAUUAACCUGUUUGUGUGUGUGUGAUGGUAAAUUAAUAUUUUCAAUAAAGGUUGCCUUGCUAAUUGUGAACACCAAAUAAAAUCAAUGACCUGGAUUAUUGUGACUACUAUCGGUGUUAAUUUAGUUUUUCCAGUUGCCAUAUGCCUGUAUUACUACUCAAAUAAAGUAGUCUGAAUCUGAAAUAAAUCCAGGUCACUGAUCUUAAAUAAGAAGGCUUUACUUAUUAAGUUACAAGGAUUAUACAUAUUAUAUAUCUGUGUCAAAUCAUUAAAGUGUGUCAAAUUCCAUCAACAUUGAAUGUGCUAUUUUAAUUACCAUUCAUUGAUCCAUUGAUAUCUAAAGAUAUGUUGCAUGUGUGAUAAAGUAUACUUUUGUCUUUUUGAAUCAUUUAAAAGAUUCAGUUGCAUGUAAUCUUAAUUAAAGAGGCAUUGACACAUACCCAAUUGAUUUCAUCAAUUAAAAAUUAUUCUGUGUCUCCUCUACUGGCUGACAAUCUAAGCACUAACUUAGAAUAAGAUACAGCCCCUACAAAAGAAUCAAGAGUGUCUUUGAAUGCUACAAGAUAUAUUUACUCAUUAGAUGUUAACUCGUGAUUCAACAUCUUAAAUAGAUGGAUUGAUAUUGCUUUAAAUCCAUAACAUUUUAUCAUAUGAGAUGUUGUAACACUCGCAAUCGUUGUUUCAGGAACAUGAUGGAUGAUUUGAUAACCUUAAUUUAUUCACAUAUAAAAAGUAAAAUUAAAAAUUUAUUUUCUAAUGAUCACCAGCUAUCAAGAAAGCGUUAUUACCUGGACAAAUCAAGGAUUAAAACUUUAGAUAAUUGUUUAAGUUUUGAUAUGUUAUAAAAUUCUAUGGAAGUUAUAAUUUUGAAAGUUUAUGAAAAUGAUAAAUGUUUUUACUAGCUGUGAUUUAACUAAUGUUGGAAUUAUUUGACACUUUCUUAUUCUUGUAUUUCACCGACAAUCAUCCAUAUUUAUACAUGCUUUUUGUUAACACAAAAAAAAAGAGAAAUGUUUCAGACAAACUUUGAAACUUCUUGGUUAAAACUGCCCAUAAUAAAAAAAAUAAUUUAAAUAAUUUUUAGAUGCCCACAUUUUGAUUUGUUUCUGGUCCAGAAUUGCAUUAUUCACAUUGGUGAUAUUCAACAAUUUCUUAACUUUUGUGAUUAUGAGCGAUAUAUGAAAAUUACUGCUAGAGUUAUUGCCCUUUGUCACAUUUUGAAAUCUUCGGGACUCUCUAGCUGUUGUUAUCAGUGCACAUGCAAAAAUAAUCAGAAGUGAUAUUUUGGCGGGGGUUUUUUUGUGUCAACAAAACUUUAAUAUAUUUGUAUAUUCCAGUAAUUAACAAAUAAAGAUGCAUGUUGUAUAUUUGUACAUUAUGUUAAGCCAAUGAAGCAAGGAGUUGUAUAUUUUAAAUAUAUUGGCCAAUGAGACGUAUUGUAUAAUUUGUGUAUUGACUAUAUUGACCAAUGAAAGGAAGGAAUAUA